CGCAAAUGCUCUGAUCAAACGGCCGCCUAGCCGAACAGGAAUCAGGGAGAGCGAGGGGCAGCAGAUCGUCGCCGCCGCAGGCCCGCAGCCGUCCCGCAUCGCAGUCGCCGCCGCCGCGUCGUGCCAGCUUUGAGCGAGACGAACCGAUGGCGGGCACCGCAGCCGUGUACCGGAGGGUCAUGAAGGCAGUGCAGAAGCACGUCGGCGGGAGCGCCGAUAAGAAGCACUUCCGCGAGUUCGUGGCCGCCGAGUUCCGCAGCCCGGCCGGCACGGAGGCCGACGCCAGAGCGAGACUGCGGCUCGCCGGGGACUACGCGUACCAUCUCACCAGCAUCCAACACCAGAAGGAACUGCUAUUCUCAUACAAUAUAGCUGUGGAUCGAUCUGAUGAAAUGAAGAAGAUAUUGAACAAAUCUGCUGCCAGUGUAGGCCUUCAGCUUCCAGAUGUCUACCAGCCUUGAGAGCUUGGGCGACCCGUGGUACUGCUUUUGGGCAACUUUGCUUGAGUUACAAAUUUCCAGUUGUUCUGGAUAGUUUAGCGUGCUAUAGCUGUAAGCAGCUGUACUCUCCCCAAUAACGACCAGUGGCAUUGAUUCUCUUGAUGCUUUGUACUACCUUGUUCCAUGGCGUCUGCUUACCCUUAAAUUAUAAAUUCAGCUGUACUCUUGAAGUUAAGUUAUGUGCAUCCAUCAUGUUCGUGUUGUAAUUUGCACAAAUCUGAAUUGUUGUAUGGUAGGUUGCUCCUUUCUGUUUACCCUUAAAUUAUAUAUAUUUCUGUUA